AUGAUCGUCCUUGCAGCCCGACCUCCAAGUGUUCAGCUGGACAAGGGUGGGGGCUCGUUUUUCGAUCGCCGAGAACGGGGUUGCAGGGAUUGGCGAGGCUUGACGGACUUUGGCGUGGAUCAAUCAAAAGUGGCUUUGGACGUACUCUUCGAGCGAUUGAAUGGUUUCUAUGAGUUGGCGCGGAGCAUUUGGUAUAUUUCAAGGCAUAAGGACUCUGCACUUGCUUCCCCAUCCGAAGCAUCAGCUCAUCUAAUGGCAGUAAAUGAUCAGUCUAUGAGCUUCUCUCUUCGCUUCGGAUACAACACCACUUUCAGGCAGAGGGUGCCUCUUCAGCUGGGCAAGGGCGUUUUCCUUCCCGACCCGGAGAACAAACUUUGCCGAGAAUAUGUAAAGAGAGACCUCGUCCGACGACUAUUUGCGCUUGUCGGGAAGCCGAUAUGGAAUGCCAGACGUGUGACGUUUCAUGUGCCAGGAGAUAUUGCAUCGGGAAGAUUAACCUUGAACUACUCAGCAGUCAACGUUUUCGUUACUAAAAAGUCACAAGUCACCGUCAUUGGCGGCUCACCUGUUUCACGCGUUGAAACACUUCAGCCUCAUAUCUCGUAUUUCGCUCCGUCGUGUUUGACCGGUCAACCAAAGCUCAAUGUAGCCUCAGCCGAUCCCUGCGGGAGGCUUGGUGGGGUCCGAAUCUCGCUCCGUUCUUGGCAACGCCACCAUGGCAUGCUUCGCAUCGUGACAAGUUGGAAGGCCUCGUACACGAUUAAUGUUGAAGCACACCAACAAUAUAGAAUGCGUUUCGCUCAAGAUCAAGUUGUUACGGAUUCCGAGAUAUACGAAAUACGAAAUGCGAAGAUACUUGGAGCUUCUAAUUCGAGCUGGGAACUUGAGAGUGGUGUGAAAAUGGAAAGCUGGACCGUAGACCAAUAUGAGGAUUCAAGCCGUCUUCAACACCUUCAACACAAGAUCAACAACAGCAGCCUCUCCUUCCAACAAUUUCAUUGA